AUGGAGAAAAUUGAGGUCAGUAUCAUUUCCAGAGACACCAUCAAACCAUCAGCUGCUUCCUCUUCACUACUUCACCCUCACAAGCUUUCCAUCAUCGAUCAAAUCACUCCCACAAUGUAUGUCCCGGUUAUAUUCUUCUACCCCAUUACUGAUCCCGUCUUCAAUCUUCCUCGAACCUUAACCGACUUAAAAAACACUCUUUCCCAGACUCUCACUUUGUACUAUCCACUAUCCGGGAGGGUCAAAAACAACUUAUACAUUGAUGAUUUUGAAGCGGGUGUCCCCUACCUUGAGGUCAGAGUAAAUUGUAACAUGAUUGAUUUUCUAAAGCUUCCAAAAACCGAGUGGCUAAAUGAGUUUGUUCCAAUCCAACCAUAUCGCAAGGAAACAAUAUCUGAGCUUCUCCCCUUGCUUGGAGUUCAAGUCAACAUCUUCGACUACGGAAUAGCAAUUGGUGUCUCCCUUUGUCACAAGCUCAUCGAUGGCGAAACAGCAAACUGUUUUCUCAAGUCCUGGGUUGCUGCUUUUCGUGGGUGUCGUGACAAAAUCAUUCAUCCGAAUCUCUCUCAAGCAGCAGUACUUUUCCCACCGAGAGAUGACUUGCCUGAAAAGUAUGUAGCUCUGAUGGAAAGGUGGUGCUUUUGCGAAAGAAAUGUUGUUACAAGGAGAUUUGUAUUUAAUGCGAAAGCCAUAUCUGCGCUUCAAGAUGAAGGGAAGAGCGAGUACGUGCCCGAGCCAUCACGUGUUCAGGCCCUCACUGGUUUUCUCUGGAAACAUCAACUCGCUGCUUCUCGGGCAUUAUCAUCAGGUACUUCAACAAGAUUUUCUUUAGCACUCCAAGCGGUGAACUUAAGGUCACGACUGAACAUGAAAACGACGUUGGACAAUGCCAUUGGAAAUAUCUUUUUGUGGGCUCCGUCAUUCCUAGAGCUAAAUUAUACAACACCAGAGAGUAGUGAUCAUAAGUUGUGUGACUUGGUUAACUUGCUCAAAGAAUCUGUCAAAGAAUAUAACAGUGAUUACUUGGAGACUUUAAAGGGUGAAAAGGGAUACGGAGGCAUGUGUGAUUGGCUAGAUUUGAUGGAAGAGGGGAGUUCUAUAGAACCAGCACUAGAGAUUUAUUCAUUCUCGAGCUGGACUAGAAUGUUUGACCAAAUUGAUUUUGGAUGGGGGAAGCCAUUUUGGAUUGGAGUCACGGGGAAAGUUCAAACUACAUAUACCAAUUCCACAGUAUUAGUUGAAACACAAUGCGACAACGGAAUUGAAGCGUGGGUGACUCUAGAUCAAAAGCGAAUGGCUAUGCUAGAACAAGAUCCCCAGUUUUUGGCAUUUGCAUCUCCAACCCCCGGGAUUUCAAUGGCCUCUUCCGUAGGUAUUGAUUAAGAAAGAUUAUAUAUGGCUCGUGCAAUGUUUCCAUUUUGUGGUGAAUAAGGCUUAAAUUAGUUCACCAGCCAAUCAUUAAAA